AUGUAUACAUUACACCACCCACCGACAACAUUAACAUCACCCAGCGAGCCAAGAGACUACGAUAAUAACCUACAAGGGUGGGUAUUGUCUAUCGCGUCCGGGUUAGCUUGCUGCUUGGGGGCUUCGGUGGUGUUUUCAGAUCUGAUCCUACAACGGUUCUCUCGCACUCAACGAAUCGUGCAAAACACAAGUUUCUUGGUUGCCUCUUUGUCACUUGGAUCAGGAGUUUUGUUAUUCUCUAGUCUCUACAGUCUACUACCGGAAGCCAAAGUGUAUUCGGAUGCAUCGCCUUUAGUUAGCGAGUACUCAGGAUUCUAUAUCAUCACAUUCUAUUUCCUGGGUGUGCUCGGAUCUACUUUAAUUAAUCGUAAGGCUAACUCACAAUCAAUAACUUCUGAAUCAAAUUUACCGGAAAAUACUGAGAGAUCACCACUAUUGCCGAAGAUUCAUGACCAUUCACUUAAGAAUAAAGAAAGUGUAAAUUAUGUUUAUCGUGGUGAUAAUGAUGAGAAUGAUGGUAUUGGCUGUGGUCAACAUUCUCUUGCCAUUGAAGAUGAUAAUAAUAACGAUUACUCGGGAAAUCAACAAAAAGAUGCGGAAGAAUUGAUGAAGAUUGGAAUACAAUCAGCUCUCGCGAUCUCUAUACACAAAUUUCCAGAGGGUUUAAUAACGUUCAUAACAUCACAAGCAUCCCCAUCACUAGGAUUCGCAUUAUUCUUGGCGAUCGCAAUACACAACAUCUCCGAAGGUUUCACAAUCGCACUGCCGCUAUACAUGGCCACCAAAUCACGAAUAAAAAGUUUCCUGUAUGCGAGCCUGUUGGGUGGGUUGAGCCAACCGUUUGGUGCGCUCCUCGGUUGGGCAUUUAUUCGUGAGAGUUAUUUGGAACAUUGGGAUGUGAAUGCAGUGUAUGGCGGAUUGUUUGCCUGUGUGAGUGGAUUGAUGACUGUUAUUGUUAUACAGGGUAUGUUGCCACAAGCAAUCAAAAACGACACGUCGGGCGGGACGUUGGUCAAUAUUUUCUUCUUUUUGGGUAUGUUUGCGAUGGGAUUGAGCUCGGCGUUGUUCACUAUCUAA